AUGACAUCUGUUCUGGAUACGCCGGUCAAGCUGAAAAAAUAUCGGCCGCUUGAGUCCGACAACGGGCUGAAUGAGAUCCGAUCGCAGAACAGUCUCAUGAGCACCACUUUGACCAACGAUUCAAGCGGAUAUGAGGUGUUAAUAGAAGAUACCCAGGAGUUACUUAAUACCCGGAAGAGCCUGAUCCAGGAAUUGAAGCUCGAUACGGACCAAAUAAACGAUCCAAAACCAAAGCUCAACGUGCUCCAGAAAGAAGGCGUUCUGGACCACCACAACAAAAGUCUCCAAAUCUCUAGGAAACGAGCAGAAAAAGUCCGAACCAUAAUCCAGAGCUACUACGAUUGCAUAGAACGAAGCCAAAAAAUCAUCCAUGUUGAUGAAUCCGACCAUCAGACCCCGCUAUUUCCCGAAGUCGAAGGAGUGUUCAAUCCUUUGCAAAUAAUAAGAAACAGACGAAUAAGAAAGAAGUACAACGACAAGUUCUUGAUUUCACCCCUCGGUGAUUACAAGCCGCCGUCGCGGGUGUUCAGCAAAUACCGGACCCAGCAUCUCAUCUGGCAGGUCAACUUGAACGAAUACUACAACGACAUUAUCUGGCGAGAGGGCCAUUGGCAUGAGCUGAAAAACCCGCGUGGAGAGCUGUACUAUCCGUUAGUAGACGGCACGAAACAGACUCCUCCCAAGUCGCGGAAACUGAAACGGCUCCACGAGCAGCUUUUUGUUGGGUUUGAUGGCGAGUACAACAAGGAAGACGACGACACUGGCGACGAUCCUCGACUCAACUCGCUGCCACGCAACAACGAAAGCUCAGCCUCUCUUGCCAGACAGGAGCAUUACCGGUUCAACAGUCUCAAACGCACGCCAGGACCUACACGAUCGUUCCGGAGCGACGAAGAGCUGGAUGUGCCGAACUCCAGAAAUUCCAGCAUCGAUAAGCUCACGGCGAUGUCGCAUACGGGCAAGUCUGCAGACUCGUUUGCCAUGUCGCACUUUGACGACGAUCUCAGCUGCACCAGCGAGAUGGUGGAGCAGAUGAAGUACGUUAAAAACCUGCGCAGUAGUCUUGUGAUGGCAGAGCUGCGGAUGCGCACAAACGAGCUCCAUCUGGAGGAUGCGUUGAGGAUCAAGGAGCAGGAAAUCGAGGCCAAGCUCCAGCAGUUCGAUCUCCACCAAACGCAUAUACAGGAGGUCUCUGGCCCGCUCCAAGAGGUCAUAUCCAAGGUGGACGCCACACUUGAUAGGUUCGACCAAUUCAACAACGUCAAGUCUGUGAAAAUCGAAGAGCUGCUCGGCUACUGUGACAGAACCAACGGUGAAAUUAACACCUCCAUUACACUGAGAAUCCGCAACAUCCAGGAACAAAAAGACCAUCUCACAAACACAAACGACGAAUGGUUCUUCCACUUAAUAUACUCCUGUCUGGAAAACCUGAUCGUCAUGGCUUUAUGGAUCGUCUGGAUCUUUGUCGAAUUCUGGCGACUAAUCAAGUACGUUUUCAUCAUUGUGGUCAAACUACUGAAAUUUAUAUUUCUAUAG